CAAGGAAGUCUUUCCCAAGCUGCAGUCUACACCGAAUUCAGAGGAAACGAAACUGAAAGUAAAGAGUGGUUUCAGAGGUUCCUAAAGUGUUUGUCGUGAUCAGGAAGAAUGGCAGAGGCGAUUUCAAUUAACCAGGACCUUUUUAUCUGUCCGAUUUGUUUGGAUCUAUUAAAGGAUCCAGUGACUAUUCUCUGUGGGCACAAUUACUGCACGGGCUGCAUCAAGGGCUGCUGGGAUCAGGAAGAUCAGAAGGGAAUUUACAGCUGCCCACAAUGCAGACAGACGUUUACUCCGAGACCCGUUUUAAACAAAAAUAACGUUUUCGCUGAGCUUGUGGAACAACUAAGGAGGACCAGAAUUCAAGAUACUGCUUCCUCUCAGUGUUUUGCUGGACCUGGAGAUGUGGAGUGUGACAGCUGCACCGGGAGAAAAUUAAAAGCUGUCAAGUCCUGCCUGGCGUGUUUGUUGUCGUACUGUGAGACUCAUCUCCAGCGCCAUGAUGAACUCUUCUCAGGGAAAAGACACAACGUGGUUGAGGUCACAGGUCAGCUACAAGACAAGAUCUGCACUCAACACCAGAGGCUUCUGGAGGUAUUUUGUCGCACAGAUCAGAGGUGUGUCUGUUUGCUAUGUCUGGUAGAUGAACACAAAGGCCAUGACACUGUCUCAGCUGCAGCUGAGAGAACGGAGAAACAGAAGGAGAUGGAGGAAACCAAGAGGAAACUCCAGCAGAGACUCCAGGAGAGAGAGAAGGAGCUGCUGGAGCUGAGGAAGGCUGUGGAUACUCUCAAGAGCUCUACAAAGACAGCAGUGGAGGACAGUGAGAGAAUCUUCACUGAGAUGAUCCGCUCCAUUGAGAGAAGGCGCUCUGCAGUGACACAGCUGAUCAGAGCUCAGGAGAAGGCUGAGGUGAGUCGGGCUGAAGGACUCCUGAAGCAACUGGAGCAGGAGAUUGCUGAGCUGAAGAGGAGAGAUGCUGAGCUGGAGCAGCUUUCACACACAGAGGAUCACAUCCAUUUCCUCAAGAAUGUUGUGUCAGUCACUGGUCCUUGCAGAACAGUUUCAACCAGUAUGACAUUCAGCGAAAGUUUCUCUUUUGAAGCUGUGAAGAAAUCUGUUUCCGCAGUGAAGGUGCAGCUCAAUGGCAUCUUCAAGCAGGGAGCAGCCAAGAUAUCUGCAGCAGUGUCUGAUGUCCAGGCUGUUUUUACUGAGCCAGUAACCAGAGAGGAGUUCUUAAAGUACUCCUGUCACUUCACACUGGAUCCAAACACAGCAGACAGACACCUCCAUCUGUCUGAGGGCAACAGGAGGGUGGAGUGCAGAGAUGAGCUCCAGUCAUAUCCUGAUCAUUCAGAAAGAUUUGAUGGGAGGAAUCAGGUGCUGUGUAGAGAGGGUGUGUCUGGACGCUGCUACUGGGAGGUGGAGUGGAGUGGGUGGGUUUAUAUAGCAGUCUCAUAUAAAAGCAUCAGCAGGAAAGGAUGGGGUGUUGAGUGUUUGUUUGGAGGUAAUGAUCAGUCCUGGAUACUCAUCCUCUCCAGCUCCAGCUCCUGUUUCUAUCACAAUAAUAUAGAGACUAAACUCCCUCUAGUGGCCAGCUCCAGAAUAGGAGUGUAUGUGGAUCACAGGGCAGGAACUCUGGCCUUCUACAGCAUCUCUGACACAAUGACCCUCCUGCACAGAGUCCAGACCACAUUCACUCACACACUCUACCCUGGGUUUAGAUUUGCAUAUACUGGAUCACCAGUGAAGCUGUUGUGACCCACACCGUAUACAGCAGGACAGAAAUGUAAAGAUCCCAGAUACAGAUAGAAGCUGUUAUCACAUCCAUACACACACCCAUAAAUACAUCCCAUCUCAUCAGCACACAUAUAAGCCACCAUAUAAGCCAGAAUUUGAGAUUCUGUUCUUGGGGAAAACAAGACCAAAUCCACUCCCUCAUCUCUGGACCCCAGCAGAUAUUACAGCGUCUGGACCUCUGGACCUCUGCUGGAACACACGUCACCACACCACAUAUAAACUAUUGGGUGGGAAAUGUGUUGAUGAGCCCAGUGUUUCACCCCCUCUGAUCCUCUCCCACAAUCCAUCUCCUCUCCCUCCUGCUCCCCCUAACCCUCCUUCCCCUCCCCCAGGUUUUCAGGCCUUUAGUCCCUCUGUGAUCGGACACGUGUCUGAUGGAAAAAAAAUAAUUAACAACUGCCUUGUGAUAUGUAUUGGGUUUGGGAUGGGGUGUUUUUUUUUGUUGUUGAUAAAUUCACAUGUUAAAUAACUAAAUUAAUAAUUGAAAAAAAAAAAAAACACAUGAUCACUUUCUUACAAGUUGUUGAAUUUACUGAAUUAGCUUAUCAUAGGACAUGUGGGAAUCACAACAAGAAAGAUCAUAUGAUGAGAAACAAUAAAACCCUCUUGAAAACAAU